CGCCGAUCUGCAAGUAAAUACUCGCGCCUUGAUUGACAGCACCUACGACCUCAAGAUAUACGCCAACGAUGGCUUCGACACCAGCACCCAGCAAGCUCACCCGAUCUGUACCCUUCACGCCCAAACGUCCGCUUUCCUCCGCAUCUAGCAGUGAACUUCCCUCUGCAAUAAAGACUAGCGUUCUUGGUUCGACGGCAAAGAAAUUUAAGGCAACAUUGUCUUCGGAGUCCCGACUGCGGACUACCGUCGCGACCAAGUCUUCUCUUACAGCGGUGCCUGCAACACCAGCAAAGAAGUCAUUCGAAGGAGCUCGCCCUCGCACACCUGGAACACCUAGGAGUCAGACCCCAACAUCCCACAUAAACACGAGUGAUAUGGAUGUUAGUCGGAUCGAUCCAGAAGAUGUCCUGGUCGAUUACCAGACGGUUGAGCCCGGUGAUGUUUCCGCAGACAUCGAUGACAGCGCCAUCCCUGGGCCUAACUACGGAAAGGAGGACAAGGUCCUUGUAUCUAUCAGAAUUCGCCCUACCACCUCAGCAGUGUCCGCACACCCCGCAUGGGAUCAUAGUACUCAACGUACUAUCAAGCUUUUCCCUCAAUACGCCAAGUCAACUGCCACUACACCACCAGAGUUUCAUUUUGACGAAGUCCUUACUGGUUCUGAGAAUAGGCCAGUGUACAAUGCUGUUGCUCGCAGCCAUGUCUGCGCAGCCAUGGACGGCUAUAACUCUGUUAUCUUCGCUUAUGGCCAAACUGCCAGCGGGAAAACAUUUACUCUUUCCGGAAACGAAGAUCAACCAGGUAUAAUACCGCGCGCAAUGAAGGACGUGUUUGCUUACAUCCGCCGCACACCCACUCGCGAAUAUCUUCUUCGGUGCUCUUAUCUCGAAAUUUACAAUGAAACGAUAUAUGAUCUGCUUGCACCACCAUCAAUGUCUGCUGCUCAGCCCGUUCAAAUUCAAGGCUCGGGUAUUCUAGUGCCACUCCGAGAAGAAGUUGUGACAAGCCUGAAGAGCGUCAAGGAAGUCCUUGAACGCGGAGAAAGGAACAGAAGGACGGCUAGCACAGAUUGGAACGAACGGAGUAGUCGAAGCCACAGCGUGUUCCGACUUGUAGUGGAGAGUAGAGAGAGGGGAGAAGGAAGGAGCGAAACACCAAAUGGCCGUCAAACUCCCGGCUUGCGACCACCGACUCCUGGUGGUACUCGACUACAGACCAUUGGAGGAAGAAGCGUUCAGACUUCGGUGCUGAGCCUAAUCGAUCUUGCUGGUUCCGAAAAAGCCACCUCUGAUAAAGAGAGAACUAGGGAAGGGAAGUACAUCAACACUAGCUUGUUGACACUCGGAAGCGUCAUUGGCACCCUUGCAGACAAUGCUGCAAAGAAUAAAAAUGAUCACGUACCUUAUCGUAACUCCAAGCUCACACGACUGCUUCAGCCUUCGUUGUCAGGAGAUGCUCGUAUAUCAGUCAUAUGUACCAUUAAUCCUGAUGCGAAUGCUGUGGCAGAAAGCACGAGUACACUCUUGUUCGCCCAGAGGAUUAAACGAGUGCAGCUUAGUGCGAAGAAGAAAGAGAUCGUCGACACUGAUGCCCUGAUAGAACGAUACAGGAAGGAGAUUGAGGACCUCAAGACGAAGCUUUCAGAACGACAAGCAGAAGCACCCCCGCGAAAUCGCAGGCUCUCAGCACGCGAGCAAAUCGAUGAAUCAAAAGCGAUGAAGGACCUCAACUCUCGAAUCCAACAACUCACUAAGCUCAUUCUAACAUCUCAAACGGUGGAUGAAAGCAAAGGAGAUGAAUCUCGUCCCGCCAGCCCAUCCAAAGUUGAUUUCGAUAUGUCACCAUACCAGCUUCAACAAGAACUUCUCGCGACUCGCCUUCAACUCGAGUCACAGUCGUCUCAAAUACUGUCGCUAGAAGCUGCCCUCCUGGCUCGCCCAGAACUCCCACCAGAUGCUUCUGAAACUGAGAAAGACAAGCUCAUUGCUGAGCAAGCGAAGACCAUACGUGAGCUUGAAAUCGUAGUGUGUGGAUAUGAGGACAAUCUAGGGGAGCCCUUGAGAGCCGUUAGAGAAGACGUUGAGAAGGAGUGGGUCGCCAAACUGGAGGAAGAAAUGAAGAAGCGAGAGGACAAGGAGGCCUGGGCAGCUGAGCUUGUCAGGCAGUUGGAGAAGGAGAAGAAGUCAAGGAUAAAGCUUGAGGAGGAACGUCGUGCUCUUGCAGCCUUUGUUAGCAAAUUCGAUUCGCUAGGCCUUGGCUUAAGUAGCAGCGCACUGCCCUCGAAACUCAAGCCCCCAAAACCGAUGCCGGGAGGUGCAUCAGCAGCAUUCGCUGAGCGUCAACAGAGCCGAGCCGCGAACAUGGCUCCUGCAAUCAUCGAAGAUGCAGAGUGCUCUCCCGUUCGCGUUGAUUUUAGCAAUAUGAAGGCGCAACCAAGUCUUCUGGAUCAGAUGCCCGAGGAGGAGUGGUGUUUCAUGGACGACAUGAGUUUCGAGAUGGAGUCUGUGAGACAUAAGUCCGGAUUGAAGAGGUCGGAGAGUCCAGACAAGGCUAUUUUGUCGAGCAAAGAGAACAUACCAUUGUAAACUCGACAUUUUCGAGGUACGCUGGCAGUAACUUCGAAAUGUUCAUCUUCUCCCGGAUCACUUGUACAUCUCACCUUGUUUUAAUGCGUCUUCAUGUUUGUUUUUGUAUCACUGUUAAACCAUAAUUAUAUUUGAGCAUCAUUUUGGAUGAGGAUGAAUCGCAGUUCUCCCUUCUGUAUCUGACGUAUGGGAUUCUGAAUCAGAGUCUUUUCUAUACAGUAUUUUACUACGAUCUAUGGACAAUAUAUCACAUUAUUUAAGGGGGCGCCCGCUAAGCUUCUCGAGGAAGAAGAAGCUGGCAUUGGUUGUUGUCUGC